CCAAAAAAAAAACACAAAGAUAACAUUUUUAAUUAAUUUUUUUUUUAGGAAAUUUUUAAUUUAGUAUUAGAUAAUACCAUAAUUCAUUCUCUGAAUCUUUGCCUCUCCCAAUCUUGAAGAAUCAGUUUGAACCCAUUAAUCAACACCAUAAACCAUUCAAAUGGGUUAUUUCUAAUUCUUCUUCUAGGGUUUCCUUGAUGAACUGUCAACAACAUGCAUGAAUUCUCCACCGUAGACGGUUUUGUGGAGAUAACUGAAAGUUUGGCAGAGAUGAUUAAGUACAUGGCAAAUGAACCUUCUGUAGGCCUUUUCUAUGUUCAGCACCACGUUCAAAAUGCAGUUCCUAAUGUAGUUAGUCUCAAGAAUAAUAUUACAGAGAAGUCUCGUGAAACCAUUCUGCACACUGAAGAUACAGAAGAUUCUAUAACCACGGUAAGAUCAAUGAAGGAUUGCGGUUUCUCUGUAGCUGAUGAGAUGAUAAAAGACAUAAGGACAACCCUAGCACAGAUCUCAGAAAAACAACCAAAAAGAGGAUUAAUUCGUAACCCAACUUCAGGCUUUCAAAUAGGAAGAACUAGCUCGUGGGGACCAGCUAGUUGGGGUCAUAAUGGACUCCGGCAAGAAACUAAAGGAAACAGUAAUUAUUUUUCAUCCGUAUUUAAGACUGCGAAAGAAAGAGCCACCAAUUUCAAAUGGACACAACUUGAUCUUAAAGAAUCAACAUCUACCCCAAACGAGAAGUUACUUUCAGAUUCUCAUUCUAAUCCGUCUCAAUUGGUUGCAUCUACCAGCACUAUAUCGUCCAUGCCUAAAUAUGAAACUGACGAAUUGCCUUUGUCGAGUAAUGCUGCUGAUGAGCCGCAAGAAGAAGAAGAGCAAGUUGAGACAAAGUCGCAGUCUCAUACUUUAUUGUCGCAGUCGGUAAACUUUGAUGACUUCAAAGCCGAUAAAGAAGCAAAACUAGAGGAGUGGUUGGAAGGGACUAACGAAACCGGGAGUCUGGAUAUAUUUCAGGAGAGCAAGUGACACUAAAGUGAGUUCUUGUUUUCUUUAUGUCCAAUUCUUUCUGCAUUUUUGUUCAUUUUUCAGUCUUGUAGCAACAUUUUAGAUGCUGAGGAGACUUUUACUUGUACAAUAUGUUGUCUGUAAUAUACUUAUUAUCUCUUGAUGAUAAUUUGUAUUUGAUUUAUUACAAUAAAAGUUUGCAACUCAAAGCUUUUGGUGGUUCA